UCAUCGUUUAAGCCAGUUUUCAGGCCAAAAGGCCAAACCUUUAAUGGCUCCAGCCUCUCAGACGUGUCUUAUAUUCUAACAAACUGAAUGUGGACUGUUGGUCCAACCAGACCACAGACACGUUGAGACGUCACCUUGGACUCUGGGAAUAAUGAUCUUGGUCUCCGCCGCUCCCAGCCUGAAGCUCCACACCUCUCCGAUGAUGGGUGCGACGGUGGAGCAGUUUGAGCGGGCCAAGAGCAAACUGUCGACGCUGAAGACCGACCCGGGCAACGAGGUCAAACUGAAAAUCUACGCUCUCUUCAAACAGGCCACUCAGGGGCCCUGCAACACUCCCAAACCAGGCAUGCUGGACUUCGUCAACAAGGUGAAAUGGGACACGUGGAAGUCUCUGGGCUCCAUAUCGCAGGAGGAAGCCAGGCAGCAGUACUGCGACCUGAUUGGCUCCCUGGUGGCGGCGGAAGGUGGAAGCUCCGCCCAGGUGGCAGCAGAGCCCGCUGGGAGCGGGACGACGUACGAGACGCUGCUGGUCACCACGGAGGAUGACAUCACCACCAUCAAACUGAACCGCCCGGCCAAAAAAAACGCCAUCACUACUGAGAUGUACAACGAGAUCAUCGCGGCUCUGGAGCUGGCAGCUAAAGACGCCUCGGUCAUCACUGUUGUUACUGGUGCUGGGGAUUUUUACUCCAGUGGAAACGACCUGAGCAACUUCACCAAGAUCCCCGAGGGAGGGGUGGAGGAGAUGGCCAGACGAGGUGGAGAUCUGCUCAGGAAGUACGUGAAGGCCUACAUCGACUUCCCGAAGCCGCUGGUUGCCGUGGUGAACGGACCGGCUGUAGGAAUCCCGGUCACAGUGUUGGGACUCUUCGACCUGGUCUACGCUACGGAGAGGGCCACCUUCCAGACUCCGUUCAGUCAGCUGGGUCAGAGCGCUGAAGGCUGCUCCACCUACACCUUCCCCAAAAUAAUGGGCACCACCAAGGCCAGCGAGAUGCUGCUGUUCAACAAGAAGCUGACGGCGGUUCAGGCCUGUGAGCUCGGCCUGGUCACGGAGGUUUUCCCCGACAGCAGCUUCCAGUCGGAGGUUUGGACCAGACUGAAGGCCUACGCCAAGCUGCCUCCCAAUUCUCUGGCUCUCUCUAAGCAGCUGAUCCGGUCGGUGGAGAAGGAGCGUCUCCACGCGGUGAACGAUGCCGAGGUGGAGCGCCUGAUGGAGCGCUGGCAGUCAGACGAGUGCUUCAACGCCGUCAUGAGCUUCUUCCAGGCCAAGGCCAAACUCUGAGAGAGGAGGUGUGUGUGUGUGUGUGUGUGUGUGCGUGCGGACGAACCGGUCUUUCCCCACACGCUCAUUUAAUUCUUCUUCGUGGUUUUUAUUUGGCCUCAUGCGAGAAGCUCUCAGACAAACGGAUUCAUUCUCAAACGGGACGAACGAGUGAUUUAAGCAAACUUGCUGCAUUCGCUGAUUUUCUCGCGUUAAUUUUGACUCACAAACUGACGGAGCACCUGACGUCCGCGUCCUCCUUUAGAUUCAAUACUUUACUACGGUGGGCUUUUACUUUUCUCUAGUUGAAUCUUGUCGGGGCGAGGACGGGGCGAAACCCCGUCCUCACACCUUAAACAUGACGUGCCUAAUGAACGUGAUUCGUACAUGAAUUAAAAGACUACUAAUCUUUUAGUCGUGCGUUCGCGCCGCACCUGUAGAGCGUCGCCCCGUGUGGGAUAACCUGUAGAUAGUUCGAUCACGUUCGAGUGGAAACGCCUGAAGAUCAUCACGGACCUGAACUAGAUUCUCUUUACUGGAUUCAGACACCAACGGCAGCCAAUCACGGAGCAGCACUCACGAGCUCUCGAGCUGCGGGAAUCAAACCUGCAGCCUUCAGUUGUCUGUCUGACUGAACUCACAGCACGAUCUACUGUUUGAAAUGUUUUUCCUGUGUGACUACAUCGAGGAAACACGGAGGGCUCAGUUUGUAUUUGAUCUCUGUUGUGCCUUAAACACUCUGUAACGUCUUUCACAGCUGACGGGUUCAGCCCUCAUCUUUGUCUCUUUUCUCUGUUCGUUCAAUAAAAGGCAGAAUUGGUAAUUAAA